ACGGACAUACAGGCUGGAAAGACCAUGUCAGAGCACAUUAAAGACCAGGAACUGAGGUGUACACACAAAUCUUCCAGGACGGUGGGGAAGAAACAAGAUGAAAACACACAAAAAGAGUGAGGAUCUGAACAGGCUGAGGGUGGGGUAACAAAGGCAGAGAAGAGAGACGGACUGACAGACAUGUGUAUCUGAGUUGUUGUUUCACAUCUGUCAGAGAAGUUUUCAGGACUGCUGCUCCCAUGGCAGGACCAACCACACAGGAGCCCGUGAAGACGCAGCAGAAGUGCAUUGCUAUCUUUGCUCUUCUCUGCUGCUUUGCGGUGCUGCUGGUGCUCAUCUUCUCCUCUGUGGACAUCUGGGGGGACAAUGAGGAUGGGAUCACAGAGGAAAACUGCAGCAGAGAUUGCCGGAUCGUGCUUGUGGAGAAUAUUCCAGACGACCUCUCUCUCCACCUGGAUGGCAGAUCCCUCCUUCCUCUUUCUGUUGGGUUUCACACACUACUGGAACAAGCAAAGCACUCAGUUGAGCUGGUGUCAUCUGUCUGGGACUUAAACUCCUCGGAGCUGGACCCAAUACCAAGUGCUGCACAGCAGGGUCAGCUUCUGUUCCAGAGACUGCUCAGCCUUAAAUCUCGUGGGGUUCGGCUGAAAAUUGCCAGCAGCCUGACAAACUCUACUGAGCUGAAAGCCUUGGCAGCACACAAUGCAGAGGUUCAUUUUGUUAAUAUGACAGCUCUUACCAGAGGAGGACUGCAUUCUUCAUUUUGGAUAGUGGAUCGGAAGCACAUUUACAUCGGGAGCGCAGACAUGGACUGGAGGUCACUCUCCAAGAGGAAAGAACUCGGGGUGGUGGUGUAUAACUGCAGCUGUCUGGCCCUGGACCUCCACAGAGUCUUUUCAUUUUACUGGCAGCUCCAUGAAAGGGACUACGUCCCCUCCAUCUGGUCGAAGAGAGUUACAGCCCUCUAUGGAAAGCAUGAUGCCCUGGAGCUGCAGCUCAAUGCUACCCCUGCCACGGCUUAUCUGUCUACCUCUCCUGAACUCCUCUGUGCCAAAGAUCGCACCAGAGAUGUAGACGCCAUCUAUCAAGUCAUCCAGAGUGCAAAGACCUUUAUCUUUAUAUCUGUGACAGACUACCUCCCUCUGGUGAAGAGGAGUUUGAGAGGAACUUCAGUCAUGAGGUACUGGUCACCUAUUGAUGAGGCGAUCAGAGAGGCUGUGGUACUAAGAGGAGUCAAAGUUCGCCUGCUCAUAAGUUUCUGGAAGAAAACUCACCCCCUCACCUUUAACUUUGUGACCUCCCUCAAGUCUCUGUGCCUGCAGCUUCACAACUGUUCCCUGGAGGUGAGGUUUUUUAGUUACAAGGAGCAUACAGAUGACUUUCAGCUUGGACUCAACCAUAACAAGUACAUGGUGACAGACAAUGCUGCCUAUCUUGGAAACCAUGACUGGGUUGGGAGUGACUUUGCAAUUAAUGCAGGAGUUGGACUGGUGAUCAAGAUGGAAGAUGGUCCUAGAGACAGAGGGGUGACGGUCUUAGAGCACAUUAAAGCUGCCUUUGAAAGAGACUGGAGGUCCCGUUAUGCUAAAAGUCUACAAGGAAGCAAAGAUCAGCAGGGAAAAUACAGACACCCACAAUGGCCAAAAAAUCACUGGGAAACCAAGGAGGAAAAUGAAUGGAACAAGCCGUUCUAAGCACAAACCCUCGGUUUUCUCAGCCUCACAUGCCUGAAAACUAGAUUUUACAAACAUGUAGACAAAGAAGAAUGUAGACCUAAACUUGUUUUUGUGUCCUUAAUUUAGAGAAUUCACUUCUUAAGUGUUGCUGUGACUCUACUGCAAGGUAAUUCUGCUUCACGUUUUAAUCAGCUGUGAUGGGCAUGAACUGCUGCAUGAAUAUUGAAAUCAAUAUUCAGUUACAAACUAUAUACAAAAACUAAUAUGUAAAAACUAUAUGCAAUAUUACAAAACAGAAACAAUCUGCAAUGUAUGAAAAAAAUAUUUAUAUAUCCAAUCAAACUCUUGAAGCCUGAAAAAAUACCUUUCAUUUACAGUCUUGGUUUGAAUGAAAUACAUAUUUUAAUGAUUGAAAUAAGGUUUUAAUGCUACGCAACCUUGUCUGCAGUUGUAAUUAAGUCCAUUUCUGGGACACUCACAGGCUUAUGCAGUAGUACUAACUAAUAUUUAUUUAUUUGCAUUUAUAAAAUUGAGCUUUUUUUUCCUAAUUCCUCAUGUGUUUAUUUCAGUCUGCUAGGUUGUGUGACCAACAAAAGAUCGAGUGCGUUGAGAAAUGUUUGAUAGUCAGGCUUUAUGGGUCUGUUUUGUAUUUUCUUUAUUUUCUACAAAUCAGGAAGUAAAAUAAUUCACACAGAGCAGUGGAGAGGCAUCUCCAAGUUGUAUUGAUCUGAAGGGCUCUCUUAAAGUGCUUUAAAGAGAGAUAGAUUUUAAGAAUCACAGCAUCUGUUCAUACCGUAGGGUUUAAAUAAAGGGCUUAGAUAUGAUAAACAGAUUGGCAUGAUUAACAUUAAAUCUUUUAAUUCAGUGUUUACCAUGUCUGGGCCGAGAAAGCUUUAAAAGCCUCAGCAUAUAUCACUAAAUCAACCAUUUUUGGUGACUUGGGGGAUGAAAACCCCUGAAAUUAGUAUCUGGCAACAACUGGUUUUCAUUUAAGGAUAGGUUUACUCUUUUCCACAUCUUUCAGGAUAACAAGGUGCCAAUAUAAUCACUGAACCAGAUUUGCCAACUAAAGGUUCCUUUCUCACAUUAUUCCACUGUAUUGAUAAUCUUAAGCAGGGGUCACCAGCCCUGGCCCUCAAAGGCUAUUGUAUUCCAUGUUUUUGAUGUUUCCCAGCUCCAACAUAGUUGAUUAAAAUUAAAUGGCUCUCCCCAACAGUUUGUCAAGUUCUACACAAGCCUGUUGACAGUCCAUUUAUUUGAGUCAGGUGUGUUGCAGCAGGGACAUGUCUAAAACCUGGAGGACAGGACCCUGGAGGACCAGGGUUGGUGAGCCUAAAGUUUAUAGGAAAUAAGCAGUCGGAAGUUUUUUUUAGGAUAAAAUUAUCUUGUUUUUUUUUUUUUGUUUUGUUUUUUGUAUUUUCUUUUUAACAGCUGGAAGUCUGUUUUCAUGGUUUUGCCCUGAAUGUACACGUAAAACAAUUAUUUUGAUUAGUUUCAACAAAUACAUUGUAAUUUAUCUGAAAAUAUA